ACCACCACCACCCAUCGUCGGCUCCCUCAGCCUUCCCUUCCUCCUUUGCGCAACAUGCCAUACGGCGACCUCGAUUAUGAGGACCUCACCAGAAUCCUGACCGAGAGCUUUAAUGUCCUAGCGGAACAGGUCGAGCUACUUUCUAACCGCAAGCUCGUUUUGGAAAAUAAAUUGGUAUUUGCACAUGAACAAUACCAACAACUCGCAGACAAAUAUGCUGCCGGAGACCUGGAGAUUUCGAGCACGUUAGCAAAGCUGCAACUUCCUCCCGACGUCCAGAUAUCCGGAUUCGUUCCACUUCCACAGAGACAGCAAAGCGGGUCGAAACAACAGGCAGCAGUCGCUAUAAGAGACGGACGGCGAGCGGCCCAACGUCUUGCCACUCUUACAGGGAAAUCGACCGGAUCUAGUGGAGGAACCAGUAUAUCCGGGACAAGCAAUAAUUUAAGGCUGUCUGCCAGGAGGACGUCUCUCUCAACGGUACUUGAACAGGACUUCACUACGACGGGAAAGAAAAGCUCUCUUCUGUGCCCUUUUGCACGGCGCCCGGUCGCCGAAAACAAGCCCCCAAUGGAUCCGGAAGCAUCCCAAGGAACCGGAACGCAAGAGUCUGAUCGACCUUUAACCCCAAUAGACCCAACACCACACCAAUCUGCCGACCCAAUUUGCGCAGCUCUGUAUGCCGAAACCAUGUCAUCACCACCUCCAUCUGUCACGGGCUCCGCCGCUAAAUGUCCCAUCCGUUAUCUUGACCAGCACUCACCAGAAGAGGUCGCGAGAUACUUCGAAACCCACAAGCAUGAGAUUCCACGAAGCCAUGAAGUAUGUGUGAAACGUUAUCAGCGGAAUGAAGCAGAUAUCAGGAAGUUGGACGCAAAGUAUGGGAAUCUUGUUAGCAUGAUUCAGGGUCUUGGUCAAAAGCACCAACCGAUGCUGCCGACAAAGGAAGAGGAAGACUCUGUGGAAGUGGAGCAAGCAUCGAAUGAGCGGGUGGAGAAUUGGGCGAAGGCAGUUAGUACGAAUGGAAUCGGUUAUGAAGAAGAGCCGAUUGUACCAGAGGACGAUGAAGAUCGAGAAAGUCGCUUCGACAGGCCCUUGAAAGAGAUCCGAGUCGGGGAAUCUCCAUCAAGACCGUGGGGAAUAAGCGUCCCAAUUCUGGAUCCUCCCGAAGGCCAAAGACCAGUAUCUCCUCCGCCAGCACCUGUAUCUGUUGAGCACGCUCCGAAACAAUCUGGCAAAUGCCCAUUUGGACAUAGUCCACAAGUGAAAGUCGAAGAAAGGCCAACUUCGCCUCGAACCCAGGAGAUGCCUACUCUAAAAUGUCCCGUUCCGCAUGCUCAGAAGGCGAAUGAUCAAUACGCCGCCGCUCCUUCACAACCAGCUGUCCAGGCACAACCUGCGUUUAUCCAGCCAGGAGAUAUUCCACAAAUGAACGGUGGAGUAAUUCCCCAGAUGAUCUUUACAGGGCCUGUCUUCAUUGGAUAUCCCAUGGAGCAAGCGAUUGCGUUUAUGCAGAAGUACAAAGGCGCGCAAUGAUUGUCGGGGAAUUUGAGAGAUGUAAGAGUCAGUGAUGAAGUUUUUCAGUUUAGCGAAGGCGUUCGGUUUCAGGGGCUUUCGGCGUUGGAGGUUUCCUACCAGAUUGCAGCACUAGGAGCGACCAUAGCGAAUGUUAAUACUACAAGUGAUUGGAGCACCAGAUAUUGGCGUAUUCAGAUGAUUACUCCUUGUCAAAGUUUCUAGCGUUACUGACACCAUCAUAUCCUACCGCGAAUUCAC